CCCGCCUCUCGGCUUCCAUUGCCCGCGCCGGGCGCCCGAGGUUGCUUUGCGCCCGGCGGCGGAGCGCUGACUUCGCGGGGCGGUGAGCGCCGGCGGAGCCAGGCUGAGGCCGCCGCUGCCGGGAAGCUGGGCGGGGAGACGGCCGAGAUGGUGGAGGACGGCAGCGAGGAAGAGGAGGGGGAGGCGGAGGGAGAGAGAGGGGAGAUGCUGGGAGCCUCGCAGCACAACGGCUUCCUCCCCGGCAAGGAAGCGGAGAACGGCGGCCCCGGAGGAUGCGCGGCGGCCGGGACCGGGGCGGGCGGGCGGGCGGAGACGCGGCUGUCGCGGCGGCGGCUGGCGGUGCUGGCCGUGUUCAGCUGCUACUCGCUGGUGAACGCUUUCCAGUGGAUCCAGUACAGCAUCCUUAGCAACGUCUUCGUCCACUUCUACGGCGUGUCCUUCACGGAGAUAGACUGGCUCUCCAUGGUGUACAUGGUGGCCUACGUGCCGCUCAUCCUGCCCGCCACCUGGCUGCUGGACGCCCGCGGCCUGCGCCUCACGGCGCUGCUGGGCGCGGGGCUGAACGCGCUGGGCGCGUGGCUCAAGUGCGCCAGCCUGGCGCCCAGCCGCUACGCGCUCACCAUGGCGGCGCAGGCCGUGUGCGCCGUCGCGCAGGUCUUCAUCCUGGGGCUGCCCUCCCGCAUCGCUUCCGUCUGGUUCGGCCCCGCCGAGGUCUCCACCGCCUGCUCCGUGGCCGUGCUGGGCAAUCAGCUUGGCACUGCCAUUGGCUUUUUGUUGCCACCUGUCUUGGUUCCAAAUACCCCUGAUGAUAUUGAUCUAAUGGCACAUAAUAUAAGCAUAAUGUUCUAUGGAACAGCAAUAGUAUCCACACUUUUGUUCUUCUUAACAGGAGUUGUGUUUGAAGAGAAGCCCAAAUACCCUCCCAGUCACUCUCAAGCACUCCUGCAAGCUAUGCCUCCUGAGGAUUACUCCUACAAGCAGUCAAUUAUUAAUUUGAUCAAAAAUGUCCCGUUUGUACUUCUACUGAUCAGCUAUGGAAUUAUGACUGGAACAUUUUAUUCUGUUUCCACAUUGUUAAACCAGAUGAUAGUAACUCAUUAUGAGGGAGAAGAAGUGAACGCUGGGAGAAUUGGCUUGACACUGGUGGUGGCAGGAAUGGUGGGUUCGAUUAUUUGUGGUUUGUGGCUGGAUUACACUAAAACGUACAAGCAAACUAUUUUGAUUGUUUACAUUCUCUCCUUCAUUGGGAUGGUGGUAUUCACCUUCACGCUGGACCUCGGAUACCUUAUAGUGGUGUUUGUGACUGGAGGAGUGCUUGGGUUCUUCAUGACCGGCUAUCUGCCACUCGGGUUUGAAUUUGCAGUGGAAAUUACAUACCCAGAGUCUGAAGGCACUUCCUCAGGUCUCCUCAAUGCAUCAGCACAGAUAUUUGGAAUUGUCUUUACGCUUGUUCAAGGAAAGCUUACAACAGACUACAGUCCUCGUGCAGGAAACCUCUUUCUUUGUGCUUGGCUGUUCGUGGGCAUUAUCUUGACAGCCUUAAUAAAAUCAGAUCUGCGAAGACACAAUGUGAAUUCAGGGAUUAUGAAUAUGGAUGUGAAAGCUGUACCAGUUGACAAUCCAGAACGUGAAACUUGUACUGCAUUAAAAAUUCAGUCAGAUUUGUUCAUCAAGCAUUUCUGGGGAGAUUUAAAGAGCUUCCUACUAGGUAUGUUGAAGAAAAUACAUUUCUUAUUAAAUAGAAAAAAAAGAAGAAGAAAGACCAUUGAUUUAUCUAUCUAUCUAUGGUGAAGUAUUCACAGGCAAUGGAAUAUGAUUGCACAGGUUGCCUCCUGAAUAUUUUGAGUGCUUUCUCAGUUCAAAUGAGAGGAACAUGUGUUUACAAAGAGAUGGUGCCUUUACAAAGUAAAGAAGAUCCUUGCCUCAUCUUGAGUUUGGCCAGUGCUGCUGAAGAAAUUCCAUUUUGCUUGUUAAACCUCCUGAAUGUUUGUGGAGUAUUCAAAAAUGUGCUUUAUCUGUUGUAUUGUUUUUUUCUUUCCCCUCCAUUUAUUUCUCUGUGUUACGUUGUAUCAUUUGUCUCCUGUAAAAUUUUUGUGCUCACUGUGUAACUUAACAGUAAAUAAUGUCUUGUUCCUCACAGUCAAGAGCUGUAAGGGUGACUGAAAGGAAAAUAGUGAUGUUUCUCUUUGUCUGAUGAAAUACUUGCUGUUUAAAUAAUGAGUCUUAGCUACUAAGUACGCUUCUUUGCUUUUGUAUUAUAAUUGUUUGUAUUAUUUCUCACUGCAGUGCUACUGAUAUUAUUCUUCACCCCGUGUACUAUCUACCCAGCUCCAGAACUGACAUCCCUACAGUAAUACUGAGGCUCUUCUACUGAAAAGUCCAGCCAGAGUUAGCAGCAUUGAGGCUUUAGCAGCCUUUCAGGUGAGCCUGCAGUUUCAGUGCCAUUAGUGAUGCAGUCUCUGUGUUCCUACAGCUGUAGUGCCAUCCAGCAGGUUGAAUCCUGCUUGAAGUUUUUCUGUGGGUUACAAAUUGAUAUGGAGAACUUUGCAACUCCCAAGAUAGUCUUUCAAGGUGUUAAGUAUAAUUAAAUGCUUUUCUUCUGCCUUGUUUCUCUAAAGAUUUAGAGAUUUUUUUUUUAAUAUAUAAACAGAACCUGUAUUUGUAGCUUUCUUAACCUAGCCUCUAAGCUUUCCUCUUAAGUUAGUGUUUUGUGUGAUAAAUGCUUUAGACCUGAGUAGGCUGAGUGGCAGUGUAUGUAUCUGAAGAAGCCAGGCAUAUCUGAACAUUGGUCUUUCCAAAACAAGCCCAUGCCUCUGCUGGAGCCAGCACUAGAGGGAAAGUGGGCAUGCUUUGUGGCUCCUGGAGAGGCAAGCUCUAUGAGAGGAGUCCUGUGUGAGAUAGCUGAAAAGAGAUGUUCAAAUGGCAGGCAAGAGGAUAGGAGUGGAAGUAGAGGUACCUUGUUUAUCUCAGUUCUUACAUGGAGCGACUGAUACCAGCUGCCCCGUUCAAGGGUGUACACAUUUUCAGCCUGAGUGAGCAAAGUGAAAGUUCCUUCCUUUUGCUUUCUGAAUGAUUUUUGCCUUUAGAGAAGUGGUGACACUAUGAUACAUGCAUACAUAUAUAUAACUCUUCCACAGAAUACAGGUAUACAGAAUGGAUGUGCUUUCAGACGUCCCAUAGAGUCUUUGGCAGCAUCCAGAAUACUUUCUACAUGUCUGCUAAACACUCUAAAGUUGAGCUCUUAAUUUAUUUUGGAAAUUCCUUUCCCUACUAGAUUCCAGUUUGUUUAGUUGUUUUCAGUUGAUUAUUGAAAACUAUUCUAGCCCUACUGGCUCCUUGUGUUUUUCAUCUUCUGCCAAAUUACUUGGCUGCCCUCUGAAAUUGUCCAAACAAGAUUUUUGGCAUGCUAAAAAGCCUGCAGGGUUCCUGAAAAGAAAAUAUUCCUAAUAAUGAAGACUUAAUUACAUCCUAGAUUUAAUGCAGAUCAGAAGGAACUUGAAAGUCGGAAACCUGUGAGUAUGUAUUUAUUUGAAAGCUAUUUCUGGGCAAGAACUAAGUAUAGAAAUAAAAGGCUAAGUGGCAAAAUGAGGAACAAAUAAACCAAUACUCUUCUCAUCUUUUCACAAAAAGAAAAAAAAAAAAAGGUUCUAGCUUGUGGCAGAAACUG